UAAACAUCAGUAUGUUAACAUCUCAUUGUAUGUAUAUUAGCCUGCUGACAUUAACAUUUAGCUCAAAGUACUGCUGUGUCUGAGGACUGCUUCACAGAGCCUUAGUGUGGCUGUAGCUUGUAGUCAGCUUGCACAGAUACAGUAUAAGGACUCAAUUCAUGGGAAAGGAAAGGGAUCUUUUCUCAUCUUUUCAGUCAUCUAGUCAGUGUACUUUUGCAGGCUUUAUGACAAAUAACAUAAACCCUCCAUCUUUCUUCUUGUAUUAAUGAGAGUGACACAGAGGCAACCCUCAUUAGACUUGAGUGAUUCAAUCAAUAAUUCAAUUUGCUACAGCCUACACAGCUGUUUUGGGAACACAACCCCACAACAUGAUGAUAUAUAUAAUACAAACACACAAACACAAAUACACACACACACGCACAUAUAUAUAUAUGUAUAUAUAUAUAUAUAUACAUAUAUAUACAUACAUAUACAUCACCCUGAAAUCCAAGUCAGUGUAACCAAGUAGACCAUUCAGAGUUUGUCAUGGUUAAAAUUUCCUAAAGAAACUAAUUUAUCUAACAAACGUGACACACACCCAACCCAAGUCAACAUCCCCCUCAUCAUAUUUACCAACUACAUAACUGAUUUCAUGUCCAAAUUUUUACUGCCGUUAGCCUUAUGACUGCCUCAGUAGUGCGUGGUUCUUCACACUGGUGGGCACUAGUUUGGAUUGAAUAUGGUAAAGGGUGGAGAUGUGGAAGGAAUCGGUGUGUUAAGUUAUGUAUAGAUGAGUGCAGGUUUUUAUGUACAGCCACUGCCACCCCCACCUCUCAGGUGCUCUGACAACCAGCUGCUCUGGUCAUCAAAGCACUUGCCUAUUUUCCUUUCUGUAAGAGGGAAAGCAGGCAUAGUAUGAGUAUUGAGGAGGGUGGGUUGUCACACUUAAGGCAUAUCAAACUCCCACUCACUUCAGAGUGAGGCAAGCGUCUUCUGCAGCCAUUAACAGGAAAGAACCGGCACCAUCCAACAUAUUUGGUCUUUUCUCUAAACUCUGUGAAUGUAGUGGAAAUCUCAUGACCAGGUACCACUAGUUAUAUAUUUAUCUAUGUGACGUUGCAGAGAAAUCAUUGUAGUUUGGUAAGGUCAGGGUACCAUUGGCUGUGCUAUGUCCACCCAUCAUUGUGGCCUUUUAGAAAAAGCCGUAGACAAAUCUGCUGCUGAGUGUCAAACAGCGAAGGGAGAAGGAUAGUGUCCCCUCUUUACCUACUCAACAUGUACAAAGUAGUAUCCUGUCUAAGUGUCCGCUCUGCAGGUCUCACGGGACAGAUUUGCAGUUCACCUGGUUUGGCCAAAUUUCACGUGGGAAAUGGUGCAGUAUGUCAGAAAUCGGCCCUCAAAUACCGUCCCACAGACCUCCCAGAGUUGCCACCAUGCAAUUUCAAGCCAGAGGAAUACAAGGGUAUGUCCAAAGAGCGCAUGAUGGAGAUUCGCAGGCAGAACUGCAACCCCAUGACCAUGAAGAUUACCUACUAUAAGAAACCAGUGUUCAUCCACCAGGGACACAUGCAGUGGCUGUGGGAUGUGGAUGGGAGGCGAUAUCUGGAUCUGUUUGCUGGUGUGGCUACUGUUGGUGUGGGCCACUGCCACCCGAAAGUGACAGCAGCCGCAGAGCAGCAGAUGAAGAGACUGUGGCAUACUACUAACAUCUACGUCUAUCCUCCUCUCCAUGAGUAUUGUGAGAAACUAGCUUCCUACUUACCGGAUCCUCUUAAGGUGGUAUAUCUGACCAACAGCGGCUCAGAGGCCAACGACCUGGCUAUGUUGAUGGCUCGACUCCACACAGGCAACUUUGAUAUCAUCACUUUCAAUGGAUCAUACCACGGUGGCAGCUCACAGACCAUGGGCCUGACCUCCAACUCACCAUAUAAAUAUCCCGUCCCCACUGGUUCAGGCUGCACAAAUACCAUGUGUCCUGAUGUGUUCAGAGGUCCGUGGGGAGGCAGCCACUGCAGGGACUCUCCUGUGCAGACCACCAGAGAGUGUAGCUGUUCCCAAGGUCAUUGCAUGGCAAAUGAACAAUACCUCAGACAGCUCAAGGAGACAUUUGCUACCAGUGUCCCGAGUCGAAUUGCUGCAUUCUUUGCAGAGCCUAUUCAGGGAAUGGGGGGAGCUGUGCAGUACCCCAAGAACUACCUCAAGGAGGCUUAUAAACUUGUGAGAGAGAGAGGAGGACUCUGCAUUGCUGAUGAGGUGCAGACUGGAUUUGGGCGAACAGGAAGCCACUUCUGGGGUUUCCAAGGUCAUGGCAUCGUUCCUGAUAUGGUUACAAUGGCGAAGGGGAUUGGUAAUGGAUUCCCAAUAGGAGCUGUUGUUACAACACCAGAAAUUGCGUCGUCCUUUGUAAAGGCGUUCCACUUCAACACCUUUGGAGGAAAUGCCAUGGCUUGUGCAGUUGGUUCAUCAGUGCUCGAUACUAUCAAAGAGGAUGGAACACAGCAGAACAGUCUGCAUGUGGGCACCUAUCUGAUGACAGAGCUGGCCAAACUCAGAGACAAGUAUGAGAUCAUCGGUGAUGUCCGUGGAAAAGGCCUGCAGAUCGGUGUGGAGAUGGUCAAAGACAAGGCCAGCAGAGACCCACUGCCUCCGGAGGUAAUGAGUGAACUCUUUGAAGACAUAAAGGACAUGGGGGUCCUGAUAGGGAAAGGAGGAGUAUACGGACAGACCUUCCGCGUCCAACCCCCCAUGUGCAUCACAAAGGAGGAUGUAGAUUUCUUUGUGGCAGUUUUUAACAAAGCCAUCCACAGCUACAUGGCAAGAAAAUAAGGUCAGUGGAGUAACUCAAUGCCAAGGACCAAACCUGGACACCCGCUCAGCAAUGAAUCCUGCAUUUGUUUAAAUCUGUGACUGCAACUGAGAAAAUGUAAUUGAUAAUGACUUUGCUGUUGUGGAAAACUAUUUCCUUCUGUAAAAAAGGAACUUUUAACACUUAAUAAUCUGCAAGUUAUAAUUAUCAAGACACACGUGAAGCAGUCGGUCCUGCUUUAUUGCUUUUUUCCCCUUUAGUGAGGAAUCAAUCAUUCAAUACACUGAACAAACACUAUUGUGAUGAACACAAAUGGAUGAUUUUAUAGUCAGUCUGCAGCUGAACACUGUUACCAACUAUAUAUUUAUAUAUAAAUAUAUAAAUAAAAGUAAUAAUUAUCUUGUUUGAAAAGAAAAAAAUAUUUGUGCUUUUAAAUAUUUGCUUAAAUGUAAAAUUUGUUUUCUAAUUUGUUUCUCAAUAAAAACAGCAUAUAACA